AUGGGUCUGCUUUCCAAGAAUAUUAUCUUAUUUACUCUACUGUCAUGCCUUGAAGUUCAUGGAGUUUACCAGGAGAAAUCAAGUAUCAAUCUACCCAGUGAAGAGUACACUAUGAGCUCAGCCCACACCACUGGAAUGGAGGAAACUUCGGCACCUGUCGAGGGAACAUCAACCGUUUUUCCACCAAUAAGAUGCCUUAGUUGUAAAUACUGCUCUCCCAACGAGGAUAAAUCUAAAACUGAGAAGGGAAAAAAGAUGUGUCCCAUAGUAUUGGGCGAACUGAACGGAUGCGUAUCCAUGUUCUUCAACUUCCCCAACAGCGCUGGAGGACCAGAUGGCUAUAUGGAGAGAAGUUGCAUUUCCGACAUGGACGAAUUUUCGUUGGUACACUGUGCGAAACAUGAAAAGCUCUGCGAGAAGUGCUUCGAUGAUGAUUGCAACUAUGUGGGAAUAGACCAACAUGGAUUGGUCACGAAUGCAGGCUCGCGAAUAAUGUACUCGAGUUUAAUGAUCUUCUGUUUAACCGGAUGGCUUUUCAGGAGUGAAAAAUGCACCGUGGUUUUAUUAUAAGCAUUUUCAAACUGACACAUUGGGAACCUAAAUUAUGUAAUUCGGCGAUGUCACCAUGCCGACUAAAAUGUUACAUUUUGUUAAGUGCAAAACUUUAACUUUAACUUGCGGCAUUACCAACUCGCUAUAGUUGCCGUAUUCUCUAUUGCACUUUAAUGAACUUUUUUGACCUAA